AUGGACCGUAAUUUGAACGCGCAUGAUCAGUCAGGCGAUCGACCGGACGUCAAUUUCUCUUCUGCGACCUCGUCACAGUUCACCCAGUCUCAAUACCCGUUCCCUAUCGACGCGGAGCUGACAAUGUCCUCGAAUUACCCAGCUCUUCCCCAGACCUACACUCAACAAUUGCACGAUGCUGCGAACCCAAGCAAGAUGCCCACCAGCCCAUCUCAAAAUAAUUUCGCCAUCAACACGAACGGUGCAGGCAAUGGGGUCGCGACUGAUCCAGCAAUGGCUCCUCCACAAACCCCCAAUCAACAAUCUUUUGUCGCGCCGGCGUCACGUUCUAAUGUCGACGACCCGUCUGACCUGUCCCAAACUCCAAUGACCGGCGACAAGAGAAAGCGCUCAAAGGUUUCACGCGCCUGCGAUGAAUGUCGCCGCAAGAAGGUUCGUUGCAUCAAUCCUCCCUCGGAGGACAGCGAGAACGAGAACGGGAUCCCCAAGACUUGCACCAACUGCGAAAAAUCUGGCUUGACUUGUGGUUUUGAGAGAAAGCCCAUGAAGCGAGGCCCUUCCAAAGGCUAUAUCAAGGAUCUUGCCGAUCGCGUUCACAGCGUGGAACAGUUGCAGGCGGCGGCAUUACGACAAUCCCUCGACAUUGGCUCAGCCUCCGCCCCCUUCGACCAAGUUGCCUUCUCACCCGAAGACGCACCCACCGGUAGAUCGCGAAUGUCCUUUUCUCUCACACACGCACCCUUUGCUCAGGCCGAAUUCCAACGCGAUCGAAUCCCGAGUACUGGGGCAUGGGGGAGCAAUCUACCUGACCUUCGCUCGCGUGAUCAGGGCAGUGUUGCAAUUGCGCCAGAUCAGACUCUCCCUACUCCCAACAUCCCUGAUUCUGAUCCUUCCAAAGAUCUCUCAUCCACAACCGCAAAGCCUUUCUGGUCCGAUCUUGAUCAAGCUCAUCCGGCUAAGCGCCAAAAGAUUGAUCAACCAUCUGACACCAUGGAAUCCUUCAAGUUGAACGAAACCCACUUGGGAAAAUACUACAGCCAUGUUCACCCGUUUGUUGGAUUGCUUCCCGAAGCUGGAACUGUCAUCGGUGUGAUCGAAAAUGCAACCGCCAAAGUCUCUCAUGCCUUUGCCACUGCCUUGGAAUUGUUACCUGGUAUCCCAUCUGAAUCGGCAGUGAAUGGUGACCACAAUUCAGAGUCUACUUCCGCCCCUCAAACAGAGGCCACAGCGACCAAGACAUCAUUCAAGUCUAGCGUCUUCUCUUCCUUUGAAGAGCUUUCCAAGUGGAUGCUCGACCAACUUAAGGACCACCCUGCAGACCGCUCUGAUGAUGACAAUUUGGCGCUCGUUUGGACCUGUAUCUUGAUCGGACUGUCUCUUGAGAAUGAUUUUGCAGGAAUCAUUUCCGACCCCUACACAUCUGCCGAGUUGCUCAGUCAGACCUUCGAAGUGGUUGCUUACCUGGGUCCCGUUACUCCAACUCCAGCAGACUCGUUCAUUGCGGACAACGAAGAGUUCUUGGGUGUCGUAAGAACUGCUCACAAUGUCAGCUACCUGUUGGCGACCUUGCACUCUUUAGGCAGUGGUUUGGUGCCCUAUCUCAAGCCUGGUCACAAGCUCUCCAUUGUCAACAAGGUUCCGUACAUCAGUCCCGAAGCGGCCUAUGUCUGCAUGUUUGCAAACAAUGUGGAAAUGACCCUACCCUCCUUGCAGUGGGCACAUGAGUCAUUGGGACUCUAUGCAGGCGAAUUCAUGAAAGGGUCUCUCUCAUUCAAUCUCGUCCACUACCCUCCUCUAGUCGAACAAAGCCCAAUAGUUCGUCAACUUUCUGCCUUCUUGGGGUUACUUGUUGUUCGCAACAAGAAGGACAUGAAUGCAGAGGCAAUCUUCAUGGCCACUCACCUUCUAGCAGAUAUCCUGGUUUCAAAAGCCAGAGAUACGGCAGAUCCGAAGCCUUUCAAUCCCCUCGAAACUCAUUGCUGGACACUGGUCACCAUUACCUUCCUUGAGUUCAUGAUGAGCUCCGGAAACCCCAUCCACCGCAAAGUAUGCAAGGACAUCGUGGAAAUUCUUCAGCCCCUCAUCGCAGACAUAUCCGCUACAUACCAUAAGAACCAUGAUGGUCGCGCAUGGUUCUAUGCACCAGCAAAUGGCACCAACCCUGAUUAUCGUACCACUCAUUGGUCUGAUAGCUUAUUGAAUACGAUCAAACACGCCAAAGAGCACGAGAUGGAUGAGUAUACUUGGAGUCCUGACACCGCGAUCGCCCCAGCUUUCGAUCGCUUGGUGCGUCGUGGCUACUUCAACGUGCUCUAUCUGUUCAACGCCAAAUAG